CCCUCCGCCAUUACAGAAAAACCCCCCACCUCCACCUCAAUCACUCGCCGGCACACACACUCAGAAGAGAUGGGAAGCGACAGCGAGACUGAGAGAAGCGCGCAGAAGCAGAGGGAGAAGAAGAAGCUAGCGGCGCUUGCCCCCAUCGCCAAACCGCUCGCCGGCAAAAAGCUCUGCAAACGCACACUCAAACUUGUUCGCCUAGCUGCGGAGCACAAAUGCUUGAAGAGAGGAGUUAAGGAGGUCGUCAAAAGCAUUCGCCGCGGCAACAAAGGAAUAUGUGUUAUUGCGGGGAACAUAUCACCUAUAGACGUCAUCACUCAUGUUCCGAUCUUGUGCGAAGAAGUUAACAUUCCGUACGUCUAUGUUCCGUCAAAGGAAGACCUUGCUAACGCGGGUGCCACAAAGAGGCCGACUUGCUGUGUGCUGGUUCUAACAAAGCCUGCUAAAGGUGAACUCGGCCAGGAGGAACAAGAGAAGUUGAAGGGAGAACACGACCUCGUCGCAACAGAAAUAACUGAAUUGGCCAACUCCAUGUUUUGAUUUGUGCUGCUAAAAAACAUUACAUUUUGUCAAGUCUGUAUUCUUAGAUUUUGUUAGGUGUGUAAGCUUUUAGUUGAGAUAAUAUUCAAAUUUUUGUCCUUUAUUGGC